AGCUUCUCGCCUCGAAGCGGGAGACGGCGACAUCCCUGUUCCUGACCAAAAAGGUAACCAGAAUGACACUGAUGGCACUGACUCAGAGAACACAAGCACAAACACAGAGGAGAGCUCCGCCGAGGAGGCUGACGGAGAGGAGGAUGAGGACGAGGACUCCGCAGGCUGCACCGAGCAGGAUGGAGAAGAGGAAGGAGUGCCCGAGGACCUUCAUGUUCAGUCUAAUACUGAUACAACGCACUUCAAGUCAAGCUGUGAGAAAUGUAAAGCCAGUAGGCAGAGCCAUUGCAAUGAGCUGGUGACCCCAAGGAAGAUCUCUAAGGGUCAAUUACAGGUGGAGCUAGUAGGAGAGGGUACUUAUGAGUGCUCAGUCACUGGCCUGGUGUUUGAAGUAUCGGAGCGGGUUCUGGUGCGCUAUUCAGUCCUGUCCUGGUCCGAGUUUGGCAUGUUCCUCCAGGACUCCUGGAGGUUUGCUGGACCCAUCUUCAAUGUGGACACGGUCUACAAGGAUGUGUCAGUCCUCAAGUCCAUCCAGUUCCCCCACGCCCUCUGCCUGGCAGACCCGGAAAACGAGAUGACCUUCAGCGUCCUGCACAUCAAGGACAACCGCCCGGUCAUCGAGCCUACGGAGGACCACUCGGGUAGCCACGUUAAGUGGCGUGUGUCCUCUCUGUCACCUGUGGGUCCCAUCGUUCGGACAACCCAGCCUGUGGAGCGACACGGGGUAGUCCUGGUCUACAAGGAGCUGGGCGGUAGUGGCAACAACAACAGUUACAGCUUCCGCAUCUAUCUGGCCACAAACAACUCCUCUGACAUCAAGGACAUAAGCAAGGAGGUGCGCAUCUCUAAGAAGCGUUACAUGAAGAUAGAGAAGCCCCCUACCUGCAAGCUGGACGAGAGGACAUACCGCCUUAUGAGUAACCCAGAGGGGGAGAUCAACCCUGAGGACUUGGUAUUUACCCUUGCUGUAACUAAGCUCAAAGGCUACUUUGAGGCCUUCUUUGAGCAGCCCCCUCCCUUCAAAUUGUCUCUCAUAGAGACGGACUCGGACCAGAUUGUAUGGUCUGCCACAAUCAGAGAAGGUGAUUGUGUGAACAACACAGAAGCGAAAGAAAAGCCAAGGAAAAGGACAGAAAGCAGAAAGAGGAGCAGCAGUGUCUCGGAGGAGGAACUGGCCAGUAAGAGACCUCGAUCGCUAGAUGAGUCAGAAGUCAUGCGAUUGACGCCACCGCCGAGCCAGGACAUCACAGAGAAGCAGCUCCUUCAGGUGGCCAGACAGCUGGGGAAGGAGUGGAAGCAGGUGGCCAUUUUUCUCGACCUGAGCUCCAAAGACCUGGAUGAUAUCCAGGCGACAGAGAAGGACGUGACCAUGCAGAAGCUGAAGAUGCUGGUUGAGUGGAAGAGCCGGAGGCAGCCAGGAAAGGCCACCGUGGGUGACCUCUGGAGGUGUCUGCAGGAAAUGAAAGACCUGCCUAAUGAAGUUUGUCAGACACUAAGAAACAUGAUGGACGGAUGAGGUGGAUGGGACCUCUGGACGUCUGUUGCUCCAUUUUGAAGUGGCAACAAAGACUCAGGAACAAAGCGGGGAAUGUUCAACCACUGUUCCUAAAACACUGUACCCCUCUUUUUUCUUCCCUAAUUGUACUUGGGAAUUCACCCCACUCUUCCGAGCUGUCCCGGUCGCUGCUCCACCCCCUCUGCCGAUCCGGGGAGGGCUGCAGACUACCACAUGCCUCCUCCGAUACAGGUGGAGUCACCAGCCACUUCUUCUCACCUGACAGUGAGGAGUUUCACCAGGGGGACGUAGCACGUCGGAGGAUCACGCUAUUCCCCCCAGUUCCCCCUCCUCCCCCCGAACAGGCGCCCCGACUGACCAGAGGAGGUGCUAGUGCAGCAACCAGGACA